GUACCGAAAUCAUCAGUAUGACAUGGACUGUAUCACCUGGAGUCCUGCUGGGCGUAUCCUCCAGGUGGAGUAUGCCAUGGAAGCGGUGAAGCAAGGCACGCCCGUCUUGGGAUUGCGCUCCAAGACCCAUGUGGUGCUGGUCUCCUUCAAGCGCGCGCAGUCGGAGCUGGCGAAUCAUCAGCAGAAGAUCUUCAAAAUCGACGACCACAUGGCCAUCGGCAUUUCAGGCCUCACGGCGGACGCGCGAGUGCUGGCAGACUACAUGCGUCAUGAGUGCCUGAACCAUCGCUACGUCUUCGACAGUGCCAUGAACGUGGGUCGCUUGGUGGCGCAGGUGGCCGACAAGUCGCAACAGAAGACCCAGAAUUCGUCCAAGCGUCCCUACGGCGUCGGUCUGCUGGUGGCGGGCUGUGAUGAGAAGGGACCCCACCUCUACGAGACUUGCCCCAGUGGAAACUACUUCGAGUACUACGCCAUGGCCAUUGGGGGUCGAUCCACCUCAGCCAAGACCUACUUGGAGAAGCACUUUGCGGAUUUCGAGACUUCAGACAUUGAUGCCCUGAUCAAGCACGGCCUGGAAGCCAUGAACAAGACCACCUCCUCGGACCAGUCGCUGAGCACCAAGAACACCACCGUGGCGGUGAUCGACAGCGAGAAGUACAAAGAGCUGUCCAGCGAGGAGAUGCAAAAAUUCAUCGAUGGCCUUGAGAAGAAGGAAGAUGAACCUAUGGAAGAGGAACCUGCUGCCGCUACCGGUGGUGAUGCUCCGGCACCAAUGGACACUACCGGCUGA